CCCUCAUCAACAAAUCAGUACAGCUUCCCCUGUUCUUCUGAUUCCCAACCCCCUUUACCUUCGUGGUAAGGCUAUAGGAGCUUGUAGGGCUCAAACACACCAUGGCAAGGUUCGAUGACCUUCCUCCGGAGAUUUUACGAAUAAUCACUCAAUUGAUUUAUUUGGAUCAUUUACCGCGCUCCUUAUUUCGUUGUAUCGAUCCACACGGAUUACCUUCAACAUACCCUGACGGAAGACUAAUUUCAGCAACUCAAACACUCACAAAAUCUACUUUGCAUUCUUUGUGCCUCACAAAUGUUGCCUUGUAUGAAGCAGCAAAACCAUUACUUUGGCGUAGAUUACAAAUCACACUUCCCUACUCGUUCUUAUUACUUCUGAGAAGUUUAGGAGCGAGUAGAUUGGCAGAGGCGUAUGAGCAUCUAGGAGGACCAGAAAAGAUUCUUGAAGAACCUCAAGCAGAAGAUGCAGAAGGACAAGAUGGGGCAAAGGAGGUGGAAUUGAAUGAGCGUAUGAGCUUUAAUGCGAUGUUGGCAGCGAUUGGUUUAGCUCGAGUGACUGGUAGCGCAGUAUACACAGAUCGAAAGCCAGGAUCUUUGCAAGGUGUGACAGAUGAUGAAAACCUUGAGCUGAUAUGGACGGAAGAGCCACUCUUGCAAGGAAGUGAGCAUGCAUCUCGCUACCAAGUUACUUUGCGACAAGACGAAAGCGAAAUUAGCGAUGUACAUCGUUAUCCUCGUGUCUUGGACUUUUCCACAUUCACAACACAAGGAAUGCGUAGAACGGUAGGACAAGGAGAACAAGCAAGAUUUGUUACUCCAGCAAAGUUGUUAGCGCUAAUUACCUCUGUCAGUCAUGGAUUAAUGGCAUUCGGUGCAAGCCCAACGAUGGACAGUGCUCUAACGUUGGAAGUACUAGAAACACUUUUGUUCCGCGAUGGUGAACAUCUUGCCGCUGCUACAUCGACUGGCACUGCGUCACCGCAUAGAACGUUGCGAGGUGUCUCAAUGGAACGAUCACGCGAACGUAAAGGCCAAGAAAGAAGAAGGCUUGAAUCGCUGGACUUGUGCGAUUGCGUAAGCCGACAUUUUGAGGUUGCACUGACACGAUUUGUUGAUAAGUAUUUGAAGAAGUUUAGUGGGAGGACGACAUCGACAGUGCCAGAAGAAGGCAGCACGGAAGACGAUGACGAGGAGGAAGAUCGAAGGGGACGUGGGCGAUCACGAGGAAGAAAUGGCGGUAGCGAGAGUGGCUCAAGACCUGUUACACUUUCAAGAUCACUUUCAACCAGAAGACAUGCACCUUCUAUUCACCCUGCUCGUGCGACAAAGUUCCCAUCUGUGGAGCGUCUGUGUUUGCAUGGCGUUCACUUUUCGUCAGAGCUGCUAUCACCCUUCAUCUUGGCAUUCCCUCGCCUCACCCACUUGGACUUGACUGGAACGCGGAUCGAUGAUGCUCUCUUACAAGGAAUGAUGGCGAAUCCCGACCUGGAAUUGGAAAGUCUCUCGCUUGCACGCUGCACAAGGAUCACUUCGGAAUGUAUGACUGAAUUGCUGGUGGAUUCAACUGUAUGUGCGAAUCUGAUCGAAUUGUCUUUGGAAGGUACGCUAUUGUUCCCUACUCCAGUCACACAGGAAGAUCUCAAAACGAUCUUGACGAUGGCACCUUGCAUGCGAUCAGGAGCGUUGCGAUACUUGGACUUGAGUGGAUGUGGUUUGACGAACGCCCUCUUGGCAGAAUCCUUCCAACGUCAACCUUCAUUGAUCGAUUUUGGUAUCAGUGCAACACCUCAAGUAUCUCUUGAGAGCCUUGCCGAUUUCCUUCUCAAGAAAGCGCCAAAUGUGCAAGUACUGGAAAUGGUUGAUAGCUGUGUUGAUCCUCGACAGGGUACACAUCCAACAAUCGUGAAGCUCAACGCCGCCCUGCUAGAGCCAUGCGCAACUGUGCCUCCUUUGUCGAUUUCAGAACAAUUGGCAGCAUUGGGAUAUCCAUCCUCGAAAGAAUCUUUGGACAAUUCUGACAGGCCUCGACCAUCGGCCCGUACGAACUUGCGAGUCUUGGGACUUUCUCCACCUGUACUGAGACAAGCAGGCGCAUUGGGGUCAUGGAGAGUGAUCAUGGGUAAGGGACGACGUGGAUGGUUGGUAGACACGAGCUCUGGACCUGAUCCAGAUGCGGUUGAUGACGAUUUGGAAGGCGAAGAGACGGAAGAAGGAGGAGAAAGUGGGGUGACAUCCUCUAUCUUUGGUAAUCCAAGCGCAAGCCGUGGCAAAGGCUUGGAAACUUUUACGGAACGACGUGGAAGGGACUCAAAGAGAAACAUCUCCGGCUUUGAACCAGAGACACCACCUAGAAGAUUAUCUCGCAGUCCGUCUGUGCAUCGUUCGCUUUCGAGGACAGGCAGAAAUACUUCCUUGUUGAGAAGGGCGACUUCAUCCUCCCACUCUCGCUCAAGACCCGCUGGUCCUACCAAUUCGUUGAGUGUAGCAGGAUUACCUGCUCAUGCAGAAAUGCCUCAGGGAAAUCCCACCGUUUCGGUUGGUGAAAGUGCAUUAACGGAACCCGAGAAACCGGUCGAACGUAAAGCACAAGUGAUUCGAAAUUUACCCAAAGAACAUCCCCGAAGAAAAGUAUUGGAAGAUCUUUCACGUGCCAAUGGUCAUGUAUCAGGAACGACGGGAUGGCAUAGCAAAAAGAUGGAAGUUUUACUCGGAUUAGGAAUGCUUGGUCGUGAGAAUGGAAGUUAUGCUUAUGCUGCUUAUCAGGCGUAAAAAGGUAAAUAACGAUGGGGUGAUGAAUAUAAAACGACAAAUCGUACAUUUCCAUACAUUGCAUACAUCUUGUACUAUAGACAUGCUUUAGUGUAUUAUUGAUGAUGAAUUCGGAUUACCAUGAUCUAUGAG